AUGCUUGCCACCAUCGGAUAUAUUGCUCCAGAGUACUUCCGACUGCCCGGCUACUGCAGCCCCUCCGCAGACCUCAAGUUCGCGGACAUCCCCAACGGGGUCCAGGCCCUCUACAAGAUGCCCGCAGAGGGCUGGGCGCAGAUCGCCUGUUUCAUCGGCUUUCUCGAGCUUUUCGCCAUGAGGCAGGAGAAGGACCGCGCUCCGGGCGACUUCGCGGGCUUCUCCAAGCUCGGCCUCCCGGGUGGCAGCGCGCCGAUGGAUCCGGCAGCCAACCAGCGAUCGUUGGAGGCUGAGAUCAACAACGGACGGCUGGCGAUGGUGGCCAUCACCGGCAUGGUUGCCCAGAAUGCGUUCUUCGGUACAACCGGCCCGGCCAUGUGGCUUCCUGCCGGUGCUUUUGAAGGGGAGCUCGGUGUGCAAGCGCCCGUGGGCUUCUGGGACCCUCUUGGGCUGUCGGCAGAUGGGGACGUCGACACCUUCAAGCGCCGCAGGGCAGCCGAGCUCAAGCAUGGCCGGAUCUGCAUGUUGGCAUGCGUGGGAUACAUCGUGCCGGAGUACUUCCGCUGGCCCGGUUUCCUUUCACCAGAGAAGGGCCUCAAGUUCGCUGACAUGCCUCACGGCAUCGCAGCCAUCUCCAAG